AUGCUUCAUCCUCAGUUUCCAUGUAAUGCCCUCCUUUUGUCAAAAACCAAACUGGAACUCUUAAAGACUCGGCGGGCCGCGGCCUGCAGCCUUCGCGCCUCCUGGACGCCCGCCGCGCCGUGCUGGCCGCGGCCCUGGGGGCUGCGCGCGGGCGCCGUCCGGACGCUGCGCACCGGCGCCGCUCAGCUCUCGGUGCGUAAAUUCACAGACAAACAUGAAUGGAUAACAACAGAAAAUGGUAUUGGAACAGUGGGAAUCAGCAAUUUUGCAGAGGAAGCUUUGGGAGAUGUUGUUUACUGUAGUCUGCCUGAAGUUGGGACAAAAUUGAACAAACAAGAGGAGUUUGGUGCUUUGGAAAGUGUGAAAGCUGCUAGUGAACUCUAUUCUCCUCUGUCCGGAGAAGUAACUGAAAUUAAUGAAGCUCUUGCAGAAAAUCCAGGACUUGUGAAUAAAUCAUGUUAUGAAGAUGGUUGGCUGAUCAAGAUGACACUAAGUAACCCUUCAGAACUAGAUGAACUAAUGAGUGAAGAAGCAUAUGAGAAAUACGUAAGAUCUAUUGAGGAGUGAAAAUGGAACCCCCUAAAUAAACUAGUAUAAACCAACUUAAUCUAGCAUAGUUGUCUUAAAUUAGUGGAUAGAUGAUUUAAAAUAGCAACUUUUAGUAAUACCACUGGAAAAAUAAACUACUUGCAACAAUGGAAAAAAAAAAAAA